CCCAUGACAACUUCUGAGUAGGUCCAGACAUUUGACAAACUUUAGCGGCAAAAACUCAUAAAUCAUAUGCUAUGUGAGAACACAUUUACAGGCAGAGCUUAGGCGCGCUCUAAAUUUCCCUCAUCCCCACUCACUUGAAAUACGGCGCAGCACAGCAGCAGGGAAACCUUGCCGUGGUCUCUCUCGAUCUUUUGGGAAAAUAAAAGAUGGUAUCAACUCUAACUCGUCUGCUGCUCCUCACCUGCGUGAUUCUACCUUUCAAUGGAGCAGAGAAAUUGAGAAAGGCACUUGACAGGAAGGAUGUUGAAUACGAAAAGUACAACAGCUGCCCCCAGGGUCCGGCUGGCACCCCUGGAAGGGAGGGUAACCCUGGCACCAAUGGCAUCCCUGGGACUCCUGGCAUCCCGGGGCGCGAUGGCAUCAAGGGGGAGAAAGGAGAGUGUGUGAGUGAGGUGUUUGAGGAGCCAUGGAAACCCAACUACAAGCAGUGUGCCUGGAACUCACUCAACUAUGGGAUCGACCUGGGCAAAAUAGCUGACUGUACAUUCACCAAGCUGCGUUCAGACAGUGCCCUGCGUGUGCUCUUCAGCGGCUCCCUGAGGCUGAAGUGUAAGACAGCCUGCUGCCAGCGUUGGUACUUCACCUUCAACGGAGCUGAGUGUACAGGACCUCUGCCCAUCGAGUUCAUCAUCUACCUCGACCAAGGCAGCCCUGAGCUCAACUCCACCAUCAACAUACACAGAACCUCAUCUGUUGAAGGGUUGUGUGAGGGGAUCCGGGCAGGCCUGGUGGACGUGGCUAUCUGGGUGGGGACCUGUGCUGACUACCCCAGAGGAGAUGCAUCUACAGGGUGGAACUCUGUAUCCAGGGUCUUCAUAGAGGAGCUGCCCAAAUGAGGCCUUCUUUAUUAAGUGAUGGGACCAGGACCCAUAGAGAAAGAACCCCUAACAAUACUUCUGAAGCCUUUGACUACAUAUCAGUUUAGUUUCUGGAUGGGUUCCUAGUCUUUGACAAUGUCCUCUGGCCAAUCAGACAACUUCAGUUGUGGCUAAAUCCUACUACAGUAUCACUGAUGUUCACUUGAAUGUUUUGUACUACAGCACAUGGGUAGGGUCUAGUUUAUUGGCCACCUGAAAUUAGAUUUUUUCCUCAUUAGUCCCAUUCCUGUUUAAUAAGGAAAGAUUUUGGCUGUGCAUGUAAUCUGUUGAAGUCGUACAUUUUUAAAUGAAUUACUGUCAAUAAAGUAAUAUUUUGUAUGAA